CAAGUAGUUGGCAUCUGCACGACAUCUUUGUCCUCCCCAACAUCCCCCCAAUUCCGCCCGCGUAGACCGACAUAGCCGGUUGCCUAAUCCGGACCAUUCGCCAAGCUGCCAUCAAUCGUUGGUUUCGCUCGGCGCUUCUUCUCGUCUCUUUUCCCGACUUUUUCUCCUCACAUCCAUCACCCUCCCCUCUUUUACCUCUCCGCACAUUCCGCACUAUAGAAAAGACUCUCAUUCCUAUCAGAAGCCUCAACUGCGCCGUCAGGCAUUCCUUACCGCAACAAAAGACCGCAUAAUCCCUGAUCAUCGCGUCUGAAAGACUUGCGACUGUCUCCUUAUCAAAAAUGUCCUACAACAAACCUGACCAGCCUCCCCCGUCUUACCCUCCUCCGACCCACGACGCCGGUCCCUAUCACCAAGGCGCAUCGCAAGACUACUACCAGCAGGGCGGCUACCCUCAACAAGGCUACAACCAGGGAUAUCCGCCUCAGGGCUAUGGUCCCCCGCCGCAGCAGGGAUACUACGGUUCUCCUCCGCCUCAAGGCCAGCCGAUGUACUAUCCUCCGCCGCAGCAGCAACAACAAGGUUACUAUGCCGGACAAGACCGGGGCGGAUCCUCAGGAGGUGGUAUCUGCGCGGGUAUAAUGGCCGCAUUGGCUUGCUGCUGCUGCCUGGAUAUCCUGUUCUAAGAUGAGCGGAGUGCUGUCUUCAAUGAUUUUGAACUUCUGUUUGGAUUUGGUAUCUGCGUUUUCUUCUCGUCUAGAUUGGAUGCGAUUGCCUACUACUGAUACUGUAUUGCCAUUAUUUGGUUGGGCGCAAGGAUUCACGGAGCACGGUUCGCGCGCGGGGUUUUGUCUGUGUUUCUAUAUGUCGGGUCAGUCAGGUCAGGUUAGGUUUGACUGGCGUCGGCGCUUAACGGCGCAUGGUCUAUGGAUGACUACUCGAGUCGGUUUACUUUCGUUGAAAUCCAAUCAUUUUUAUAUCGGUAGUAAUUAACAUUAUUCAUUUCU